AACAACCUUGCCAGGAGGCCCUGGAGCUCCGCGGUGCUGUUGCGCCUACGAGGGACCUGCCCAACGUACGUCCCAAUUACGGGUGGGACUGUGGGCCUGCCCCGGCGCCGCCGCUCCUGCGCCCUCGACAGCGAAAGGGAUUGACUGACACUACUUGGAUUAAUUUGAUGAUCUCCUAAGAGACUCGAAGUUAAAUUUCUAUAAACAAAUAAACUAGUUCUCUCUCAUUUGGAGCAAUGCUGAAGUUCCAAGAGGCUGCUAAGUGUGUGAGUGGACCAAUAGCCCUUUCUGCUUAUCCAAAGACCUUGAUUGCAAGAAGAUAUAUAGUUCAACAGAAACUUGGUAGUGGAAGUUUUGGAACUGUCUAUCUGGUCUCAGACAAGAAAGCAAAACAAGGAGAGGAAUUAAAAGUACUGAAGGAAAUCUCUGUGGGAGAACUCAAUCCAAAUGAGACUGUGCAGGCCAAUUUGGAGGCCCAGCUCCUUUCCAAGCUGGACCACCCAGCCAUUGUCAAGUUCCAUGCAAGCUUUGUGGAGCAAGAUAAUUUCUGCAUUAUCACAGAGUACUGUGAGGGCCGAGACCUGGAUUGUAAAAUUCAGGAAUAUAAAGAAGCUGGAAAAACCUUUCCGGAAAGUCAGAUAAUCGAAUGGUUUAUCCAGCUGUUGCUAGGAGUUGACUACAUGCAUGAAAGGAAGAUACUUCAUCGAGACUUGAAAUCAAAGAAUAUAUUUCUGAAAAAUAAUCUGCUUAAAAUUGGGGAUUUUGGAGUUUCUCGACUCCUAAUGGGAUCCUGUGAUCUAGCCACCACUUUAACUGGAACUCCUCAUUACAUGAGUCCAGAGGCUCUGAAACACCAAGGUUACAACACAAAGUCGGACAUCUGGUCUCUGGCAUGCAUUUUAUAUGAGAUGUGCUGCAUGAACCAUGCGUUCACUGGCUCCAAUUUCUUGUCCAUUGUUUUAAAAAUUGUUGAAGGUGACACGCCUUCUCUCCCCCAGAGAUACCCAAGAGAACUGAAUACCAUCAUGGAACGCAUGUUGAACAAGAGUCCUUCAUUGAGACCAUCUGCUAUAGAAAUUUUAAAAAUCCCUUACAUUGAUGAACAACUACAGAUUAGAAAUUUUGAUGCAGAGAAUCUACCUCUGGCGCACCUGAUGUGUAGAUAUUCGGAGAUGACUCUGGAAGACAAGAAUUUGAAUUGUCAGGAGGAGGCUGCUCAGAUAAUUAAUGCCAUGCAAAAAAAGAUCCACCUGCAGACUCUGCGGGCGCUGUCUGAAGUGCAGAAAAUGACACCAAGAGAAAGGAUGCGGCUGAGGAAGCUCCAGGCAGCUGAUGAGAAGGCCAGGAAGCUGAAAAAGCUGGCAGAAGAAAAAUAUGAAGAAAAUAACAAACGAAUGCAGGAGUUGAGAUCUCGGAACUCUGAGCAGCUAACUAUUGAUGUUCUCCAUGAAUCUGAUGACCUGACUUCAGAGAACCUGCCUGAGUCUCAGCCCAUUCCUUCCUUGGAUCUUGGCCCACUUGAGUCAAGUAUAGAAGACACCAUAGCUGACCUUGGAGAUCAUGACAUCCCAGAAGACCCUCUUGUGGCUGAAGAAUAUUAUGCUGAUGCAUUUGAUUCCUGUUCUGAAGAAAGUGAGGAGGAGGAAGAAGAAAUAGUGUUCUCAGGACCGGAGGGAGAGGUUAAGGAUGAAGGACCCCAGCCUGCUUACAGAACAAUCCAACAGGACAGUGAUAUUGAAGCACUGGUCAGGUGUUUGGAAAAUGUCCUCGGUUGCACCUCUCCAGAUGCGAGGACGAUCCCCAGCACAGCUCCAGACAUGUCCCUGGGACUAACAACGUUCAACAGCACAGUGGCCGCGACCAAGAUGAAACACAUGAGGGAAUCAGCCAUGCAGAAGCUGGGAGCACAAGUGUUUGAAGAGGUCUAUAACUACCUCAAGAGAGCAAGGCACCAGAAUGCCAGCGAAGCAGAGAUCCGGGCAGCUCUAGAAAAAGUGGUGCCUCAUGCCAGUGACUGUUUUGAAGUUGACCAGCUCCUGUACUUUGAGGAGCAGUUGCUGAUCACAAUGGGUAAAGGGCCCACACUCUGGAACCCACACCAACAACUGCCAAAAGCAAGCAAGUUCAAGGGGACAAAUCCAUUCAGCCCAUAGCUGGACUCCGUUAUGGGAAAUGAGUACGUAGCUGGAGCUACCAUCUCUACUUUCAAUUCCUUAUCAAGAGGAGGGAGUCCUUUAGAGAGUAGUAAACAUAUCUGCCUGUACCUGGAACCCCGGGCCAGUUGGUGUUUGGUCUACACUCUGAGGUGAGCUUCUGGACCAAGCGUGGCUUCCUGAACAGCAUUCCCGCACUGGUGCCCUCAGGGCUUCCAGAGGGUUGGACCUCCCAGUGAUGGCCUGGAGAAUCAUCUACUCUUUACCAUUUCCACUUGGAGGACAGGCUCGGUGCCUAUCUGCUUUGAGUCACAGUGCUCUGUGGCCAGCUGGCUCCUGAAGGUCGCUGAACACUGGCCUCCGACACACGGAGCUGCUAACCAGGAGUCACAAAUAUUUGUUUCAGGUGACCCAUUUUGGGUCCACUUUUGCCCUUUCCUGGCUAACAAGCAAGAUGUGCAUAUAUAUAAGGACCUGGACUAAAAAUCCAAAAAGCAAUUCUCUUCUGUGAU